AAAGCCAUAAACAAGAAUUGAAUUGAAUUGAAUUGUGGUUAAUCAGUUUAUGUAAUUAGGUUAAAACUUAACACUGAUGAAAUUUACAUCAGCUAUAAAAAUUUCAAUGAAAUAAUUUGAAUUAAUCAUCAUCAUUUGAAUAGCUCAAGAGUUGGCGAAUUUCAGAGGAAGGUUGUAUAAAGUACACUGGGCCGUCUAGUUUGUAGAAAAUAUGGAAAACAUCAUUAAAGAAGUAAUGGCUGAAGUGUCAGCAACUAAGUUCAACAAGGACUCGUAUCACUGGAUGGAUGUAACAUGUAUUAAGGAUCCACAUAACUUUUAUGUGCGUCCAAAAAACUGUAGUGAAUUUUUGCACAUAGUAGAAACAACCAAACCUACUGAUAAGGUCCAAAAUAUAACAAAGAAUAAACUGAUACUUUUCAAUUGGGGGUACUUUUGCAGAGUUAAAAAGUAUCUCAGAGGUCUGAUCACUAAUGCGAAAACGAGAAAUAAUAACAUUCAAUGUGAUAUAUGGACUGUGGAUUAUGGCCAUACAGAAAAAGAUGUACCAAUACAGCACAUUUGGCAAUGUAAUCAGUUAUUUUCACAAGUGCCCCCACUGGUUUAUAUUUGUCAGCUUUCAAACUGUUACCCAAUACAUGAUGAAACAAAUAACAGAAGGUUUUCUGCUGCUGCUAUAAAAGCUUUCAAAUUUUUUGUUGCCAAUGAACCUGCCAAGAUUGAUGUAGUAGGCCAUAGUGGUAAGAAGCUUAUUGUAGUGCUAGUAAAUUCAAAUCCAUAUGAUAUUGCCACGCUUAUGGCCAUACGUGCAUUUUCUGUAGUGGGCGGCGUUAAAGAUACAAUACAGUGGAAUCCAACCAUUAUAAGCAGACAGGUACAGUUUCUGUUUAAAGAAAUUAACGUUAAUCAGACACUACAUGUUAGGAUGCAAUCAGGGAAGUCAUUUGGAGAGUUCUAUGUAUCAUCUAUCAGUGACUAUAGAAAAUAUCUUAAAGAGAUAGAUAUCAUACAAUUUUAUGCGAGAAGAGAAUUUGUACUUUUCAAUCACAAUAUUGUAGAAGGUGUUCCUGUAUGUGCUAAAGAUGAGGAACGAGAUGUAUAUGAGCGGGGCUUCAUUAAGAAGAUUAAUAUGCCUGAAAAAAAAGCAAUAGUGCAGUUGGUGGACUGGGGAAGAGACGAAGAAUAUCCUUUCACGAUGUUAAAAUAUAUGCCAUCAGUAAUUUUCAGAAUGCCAGUGCUCACUAUCUUUUGUUCUGCCAGAAGAAGUAAUCAAUGGGGAGCCGAUUUGGAAACAUUUUUAACUCCUGGAUAUGAGUUUCUAAUUACAAUUAAACAUUUGGGAUGUAAAUUUGAAUGUCCCAACAGUGUUGAAAUAUUUCCAUUGGAUAACCACACCAUUAAUAGAGGCGACCUAAGAUUUUAAAGGAAAUUAAAUUCCCUGGAUAUAAUUGACAGGUUAAUAAUAAACUAAAAAAUGCUUGGUGGCACGCAUCGCUUCAUCUCAAAUUUUUUAACUAAAUUUACAAGCCAUAACUUAAUACAAGUGUUCACUCAUCCUCAGUUCCUUGCUGUUGUAAGGAUUGGAACAUUUAGAACUGUAAUUUUAGUUUCAGAUCGAAUAAGCACUGGUGGUGCUACCUAGUGGUACCAUAGAAAGUUGAAAGUUCCUGAAAGUAGUGCUAUGUUCUCUUAGACAAUUUACAUCACCGUAGAACAAAAUGAAAGUUUAGCCAAAUUGGCGCGAUGGUUUUCUAUUAAUUUCUAGUGUUAAUCAUUUCAUGUCUUUUUCUUAAAAAGAAAACGUAAGAUAUUAAUACAUUACUCGAGCGGCCAGCAAAAAAGGCAAUUAACGGCGAACGUGUAAAUAAUUGUACCAAAUAAGGAAGUAUUUUCAAAUAUUUUACUUUCUAUUUUGGCGGAUUUUAUUUAUAUUACGGCUAUUGCAGUCUCUUAACUUUCAAGUGGCAUUAAAGGAAGUUCAUCCCACUCAUUGUCUUCACUUGCAAGCAAUGCAGACUCGCAAACCAGCUCUUAAUUUAAAUAAAGUUUUUGAGAAAUGGC